AUGCACAUCCCGCGCCAGAGCUUGCCACCGCCAGAUAUUGUGGUUGCCUCCAUCAGCGGCGUCCAUCCGGUCACUGUGACCGCGGCGCCGGCCCCGGUCCACACCGAGUCGGGCGGGUCGGCGACGAACGGCGUCGCGAUCGCGCUCCCCAUCGUGCUCGGUGUCGGUAUCGUCCUGGCCGCUACGUACUUUCAGUACUUCAAACACAAGCGCCCAGAGUGGUUUGCACGCAAACCGCCUCUGCCCACUGUCGCUCCGAAUCGCUCCACGACCACGUCGGCCCCAUCGACUGCCGUUGAUCGCGAGCGCCGCCGGGAGAUCCGGGAACAGCGCCGCCUCGCCGCGCUCCGGCGCACGGAAAGCGGGACGUCCGUGGCCACGCUGCCGAUGUACAAGCCCGACGCUGCCGAGGAGGAGCAGAUUCUCCUGAAGCGGCUCGAGACGGACACACUGUCCCUGGCGCCGACAUACGACGACACGCCCUGGCCCGAGCAUCCCCCGACCUGGAGCGAGAUCCACGGGUCCUCCUCCCACGGCCAUGGCCGCGUCACCUCGCCGAUGCAGAUGAGCCCUACGAGUCCGACCUCACCGUCCUCCUUCCGCUAUCCCCGGGGUGCGCGCUCCGCACCAGGCAGCGUGGCAGUGCACAGCGCGCUCUCGCACGCACACAGCACGCACUCGGCCCCCGCUCCGCGCUCCCCGACAAAGAGCCCCAAGAGCCCCGAGAAGUACCCCGAGCGUCCCCUCAGUGCGGCCAGCAGCACCUGGUCCGUCUCAACGAGCAGCGACGAGGAGGACGAGUCCGAGGUCCGCACGUCCCGCGCGCGCCGCAUCAUAGGAGAGAGCAGCGCGAAGCUCCUCGGCAACUCGAGCCUCAGGCGGCACCUCCAGCGUAAUGCGAGUUUCCGCCUCAGUCCCGCCAAUUCCCGCAUGAGCUCUAUUCGCUCAGUGUUCACGGCCAGGACGCAACAGGUCUCACACCAGCAUGGGGAGAGCACUUCCGCCCUGCUCCCGACGCAGGAGACGGAGGAGGUGCUUACGGAUGCUGCGAGUGGGAACAGCGGCGGGAGCGUGGGCGGCGGCAGGUCGCCGGGCGGCUCGGCCAGGAUGUCGAGGAACAGCUCGAGGACGAGCCUCAGGGACAGCGUGCUCGGCGUCGUUGGGGUUAUUCCGCGCGCCGAGUCAAGAAUCGAGAGGAGCGAGAGCGAGCACCGCCCCGAGCGGCCAGAAAUGGGCCGCCCCGUGUCGCAGGGCGAGAGUAUGCGGAAGAAGCUGGCCAGGAAGGCGACGGCCUGA